CUGAGAGCCGUAACCACUGUACGAAAUCUAGCUCAACAACUGAACAAACUGAACCUUCCCUUCUUAUUACAACCUUAAGCACAAGUCACACGCCCUCUCUCUGUUGUCUUCUGUUUGCUUCACUUCCUCAACCCACAUGAAAUUUCGAUCCUUUUCUCUUUCUGUUUCAUCGUCACCUCCUUUCUUUGUCACUUCGAUAUAACAAUUUCCAUUUAUCCUUUCAGGUUUCAUUUAAAGAGGAAUACAAUGAAACCUGACGAGCAAUGGCUGUUUGUAGUGUUUAGUGUAAUCUCUUUGGCUUUCUUGUCAACUGUGGACUCAGAUCUCGCCUCCGACAGGGCGGCUUUAGUGGCUCUACGGUCAGCCGUCCGCGGCCGCACGCUUUUAUGGAACCUUUCUGACUCUCCUUGCACAUGGGUUGGAGUGUCUUGUGUUCAAGACCGAGUCACCGUGUUGCGUCUUCCCGGUAUGGGUUUAUUGGGGCAGCUUCCCGUCGCCAUUGGGAACCUUUCUCAACUUCAGACUUUGUCUCUUCGUUACAACGCCUUGCGCGGGUCAAUCCCCUCUGAUUUUGCUCAGCUUUCGAUUCUUCACAACUUGUAUUUACAGGGGAACCAGUUUUCCGGCGAAAUUCCUGAGUUCUUGUUCACUUUACAGAACUUGGUUCGGUUGAAUUUGGCGGAUAAUAACUUCACCGGUACGAUCUCUCCUAAAUUUGAUAACUUGACAAGAUUAGACACUCUUUAUUUGGAGGAUAAUAGCUUAACCGGGUCUAUACCGGAACUGGAUUUGCCUGCUCUUGUACGAUUCAAUGUUUCGAAUAAUAAAUUGAAUGGAUCGAUCCCAAAACGAUUAGCUACAAUGAAUAUAAGUGCGUUUCAGGGAAAUACACUUUGUGGGGCACCGUUAGCGCCUUGUAAUGGUACUAAGAGUGAUAAUGGUACUAAGAGUGAUAAUGGAUUGUCUGGUGGGGCGAUCGCAGGAAUUGUUAUUGGAUCGGUGAUUGGAUUUUUGAUAGUUUUAGCUUUAUUGUUAUGUUUUUGUAGAGGAAGGAAGAGUGCUAAUAAGGCAAUAAGUUCAAAAGAUGCAGCUCCGGCAAGUUCAACUGUGAUUCAAACUGAAACUGAAAUUCCCCGAGAAAAGACAUCAGUGAGUACUGAGAAUACGAGUACUGAUUUUUCUGGAGCAGUGAAAGCUGAGGCGAAGAGUAGUGGGCAUAAGAAUUUGGUGUUCUUUGGGAGGGGAGCGAAGGUGUUUGAUUUGGAGGAUUUGUUGAGGGCAUCAGCUGAGGUGUUGGGGAAAGGCACAUUUGGGACAGCUUAUAAGGCCACUUUGGAAAUGGGGCUGGUGGUUGCUGUGAAGAGAUUGAGGGAUGUAACCGUGACAGAGAAGGAAUUUCGGGAGAAGAUGGAGGUUGUGGGAGCAAUGGAUCAUGAGAAUUUGGUCCCGUUGAAAGCAUAUUAUUUUAGUAGGGAUGAAAAGCUACUUGUGUAUGAUUACAUGCCUAUGGGAAGCUUAUCUGCACUUUUACAUGGAAACAGAGGUGGUGGUAGGACUCCAUUGACCUGGGAAAGCAGGUCCAACAUUGCCCUUGGAGCUGCUCGAGCUAUUUCAUACAUCCAUACUCAUGGUCCAGCAAUCUCCCAUGGUAACAUCAAGUCAUCAAAUAUCCUCUUAUCUAAAUCCUACGAAUCCCGUGUCUCUGACUUUGGCCUUGCACAUCUUGCGAGCCCCUCCUCCACUCCCAACCGAAUUGAUGGCUAUCGUGCCCCCGAGGUAACUGACUCUCGCAAGGUAUCCCAAAAAGCAGAUGUCUACAGCUUUGGUGUAUUAUUACUGGAAUUGCUCACAGGGAAGGCACCUACCCAAGCCCUCUUGAAUGAGGAAGGAGUCGAACUCCCGAGAUGGGUUCAAUCCAUUGUUAAAGAGGAGUGGACUUCUGAGGUGUUUGACCUCGAGCUUCUCAGGUACCAGAAUGUUGAGGACGAUAUGGUUCAGCUUUUACAGCUUGCCAUUAAUUGUACUGUUCAGUAUCCAGAUAAACGUCCUUCAAUGGCUGAGGUGACAAGCCAAAUUGAGGAGAUAUACCGUUCAGGCAUACACCCCGAGCCAGACACACAACAUGGUCUAAUAUAUGAUUUGGAUGAUGGGUCAUCCCAGCAGGCUUACUCAGUUGAUUCUGGCGCACCACCGGCUUCAGUAAAGGACAUCUGAAGAAGAUGAGCAAUCUUUCUUUGUUGCCCCCAUUUUUAUCAUAUGCAUAGUCUAGUGCAUAAAUUGUUUUUUAAUUCUUGGUGCAUCCUCUUCAAACUCAUGUAUCUUCUUCUUCAUUUUUUUAACUUUUUCUUUUCCCUCGCCGUUGGUUACUUCCGAUGUGUAUAGGCUAGGGGAAUUCGAAUACUUUUAUUUUUCUUGGCUGUGUGAAAGUGUGAAUAAUUUUCCAUUUGGUUACAUCUUGCUCUGUAUGUUACGACCUUUCCUUGUUUACCUCUGUUCUUAAUGCAGUUUCAAUGCAUUGAUUUGAAA